AUGAAUGCGAUAAAACAGCAAUUACAAGUGCUGAAAAUCGAGAAGGACCUUGCGAUUGAUCGUGCUGAUUGUUGCGAUCAGCAGGCUCGUGAGGCUAACAAACGAGAGGAAAAGUUGAACGAUGAAGUUCGUGAACUGGAGAAGAAUCUAUUGCAGAUGGAGAAUGACUUGCGAAUCAGUCGUGAUACUUUGAGAAAAUCGAAUGCAAAACUCGACGAUAAAGAGAGGAUGUUAUUGAUGGUACAAUCAGACUUGGCUACUUUGAAUAGACGGAUGCAGCAAACUAUGGAAUAUCUGGAAAAAACUGAGGAACGUAGGAUAAUUGCUCAGGCGAAGCUGUUACAAGCUGCUGAGAGUGCUGAGGACGCUAAGAGAAUCUGCAAAGGCCUCGAGAAUCAUAGUAAACAAGACUACGAACGAAUGGAUCAGCUGACAAUGCAAUUGAAGGAAGUCCGAUUGAUAGCUGAAGACGCUGAUGCCAAGUCCGAUGAGAUAUCUCGACGACUGGCAUUCGUCGAAGAUCAGCUCGAAGCUACUGAGGACAGAAUCAGAUGCAGUGAUGCGAAAAUUGUUGAGCGUGAGGAUGAACUGUUCAUCGUCGGUAAUAUAUUGAAGUCUCUCGAAGUUUCGGAAGAGAAAGCUAAUCAGCGAGUUGAAGCGUUUAAGCAACAGCUCAAGGAGUUGAAGGUGAAGUUAAAGGACGCAGAGAGACGAGCUGUAAUUGCUGAAAAUCAAAUCAAAAUACUGCAGAAGGAGUUGGAUAUACGUGAAGAUUGGCUGUUCAGAGAGAAACAGAAAUCUAAGUAUAUCUGCGACGAUAUGGACUCGACCUUUGCUGCACUUACGGGUUAUUGA